CCACCUGUCCGACGAAGGUAGAUUUCACUCCCGUUUCUUCUAGGAUGUGAAUCUCCCUGAUUUAGGUGAAAUAACGGAACAGACCGAGCAGACAGACGGGUACCUCGGGGUCAGAGCUGGCUCUGGUAAAAACAUGUGCAGCCCUCUGAGGAGCAGAAACACCGAGGCUGUAGAGGACUGAGUGUUUUCAAGGGAAAAAAAACAACUUUUUCCGCUCUUUCACACCAAGAGGAUGGAUGGAGAACAUUUUGCGCUUUCAGGAGUUGAAAGGGAAAGAGAGAGGCUUCCACCAAUUUACAACAGCUCCGCUCCUGCUGGUUUUGGGCGAGGAGCCAAGCAGCCGUUUCCGUCUCUGGGCACGUUCAUCUCUACAUUGAGCCAGAGGAGGGACGCAGGGGGACGCGGCUUUGCUGGCGGCAUGACGGGCACCCUGACCAACACCCAGUGGAUGAGACACGGGAGGGAGCUGCCUCCGAUCUGCAGCGAUGUUCGCCAAAAGCAGCGGCUUUCCAUUGACACCCUGCCCCCAGAGGUCAAAGCUCCAUUCCCCUCCGACCCCAUCAUCCCCCUGCGGACUAAGACCACCAAAGAGUUUCAGGAGGACAUGGAGCGUGCCGUCCAAUCAGGUGACUGGAAGGAGGUCCGAGAAUUUUACCUGACCACCUUCGACUCCUUCGUAGAAAUCAACGCUGCCUUCAAGCGAGAGGCGAAUGGAUUGUUUAACACCAUAGACGACUCGGGAGUCAACGCCAAGUUUGUCAACGCUGUUUACGACGCACUGCUCAGCACACCUCAGGACAUCCAGAAGUCAGUGUUGAAAGGGAUCAUCAACAGCCUGCUGAGGGAGUGGAAAGGGCCUCGGACAAAAGAUGACCUGCGAGCUUAUUUCAUCCUCGUUCAGAAUCCCCAGUAUUCAAACACCAGCACCUAUGUGAUCUACGCUCACCUGCUGAGGCAGAUCGCUGCUCUGUCCGAGGCCGACCACCACUUUCUGGUUCAUUGGCUCAAAAAGCUGUCAGCCAGGCGUUUCAGGCAGCUGGUAGAGCGCCUCCUGCAGUUCAUCUCCACCCGUCUGUUUCCUGCAGAACCAGACGAACUUCCUCCUCUGGCCAAGUGCUCCUGGUGGAUUCCUUCUGCUACCAAAGUGCUAGGCCUGUUCAAUGCAGCCAACAGUGUCUCCUCUACUCCCAUCAUGCCAUUCACCGACUUCUACAACAUCACGCUGGAGCACAUAGACUUCAUGGAGGAGUACAGGACCUGGCAGAACUACGGCAACUCAAAUAGGUUUUCCUUCUGUCAGUUUCCCUUCAUCCUUUCGACUGUGGUGAAGAAAGCAAUCAUCCAGAAAGACUCUGAGCAACAGAUGAUCAGCCAGGCCAGGCAAAGCCUGGUCAGCAAGGUUUCUCGCAGGCAGAGAGUGGACAUGAACCUUCUGUUUCUCAACAUUAAAGUACGACGAGCACAACUCCUCAGCGACUCACUGGAUGAGUUGACGAGGAAGAGGUGUGAUCUGAAGAAGAAGCUGCGGGUGACGUUUGUCGGGGAGGCGGGGCUCGACAUGGGCGGCCUGACGAAGGAGUGGUUCCUGCUGCUGGUCCGACAGAUCUUCCACACAGACUACGGAAUGUUCACCUACAUGAAGGACUCGCGCUGCCAUUGGUUCAGCAGUUGGAAGUGCGACAACUAUUCUGAGUUCCAGUUGGUUGGGACUCUGAUGGGCUUAGCAGUUUACAACAGUAUUGCUCUGGACAUCCAUUUCCCCCUCUACUGUUACAGGAAGCUCCUCACUCCACCUACUGUGCCAUGUGACCAAAAUGCCCUCAUCGGCAUGGCGACCGCCACCCUGGACGACCUGCAGCAGAUCAUGCCGGAGCUGGCUCAUGGUUUGGGAGAGCUGCUGAGCUACGAGGGAAACGUAGAGGAGGACUUCUACCUCACCUUUCAGGUGUUCCAGGAGGAAAUGGGUGUGGUGAAAUCCUACAACCUGAAGCCCGGAGGAGACAAAAUACCCGUCACCAAGCAGAACAGGAAGGAGUACGUCCAGCUCUAUGUCGACUUCCUGCUGAAUAAAUCCAUUUAUAAACAGUUUGCUGCCUUCUACCACGGCUUCCACAGUGUGUGUGCCUCUGAUGCACUCAUGUUGCUGCGGCCGGAGGAGGUGGAGAUGUUGGUGUGCGGGAGUCCAGAGCUCGACAUGAGCGCUCUGCAAAAAGCGGCUCAGUAUGAAGGAUACAGCAAGACCGAGACCACCGUACGGUGUUUCUGGGAUGUGGUGUUGGCCUUCCCUCUGGAGCUACAGAAGAAGCUCCUCCACUUCGCCACUGGAAGUGACCGCGUUCCAGUCGGAGGAAUGGCCGACCUCAACUUCAAAAUCUCCAAGAUCGACGUUUCAACUGACUGGUUGCCGAUCUCUCACACCUGCUUUAAUCAGAUCUGUCUGCCUCCAUAUCGAACCAGGAAGGAGCUUAAACACAAACUCACCAUCGCCAUCUCCAACGCUGAGGGCUUCGGCUUAGAGUGACGCUGCCUGCACACACACACACACACACACACACACACACACACACACACACACACACACACACACACACACACACACACACAAACAAAGACUUAUAAUCCACGCUAGCUAUCUGUCACAACUGCCGCAACGCACAUUAUGUAUCUCUGUGGUCCUGGAUCAGACUGUAGAGGAAACAAAUCUCUUAACAAGUGAGUUCUCUUGUCAGACAGUACUAUUAUGGACUGUGAUGCAGUGUGUGUUUUGGGAGUUGGAUUUAUCUCUUUUUUUUUUUAUGUUGAACUUUUUUUUGCAGGAGACACGAUGGGAACUUUUCCUGCAACAGCUUCAGAGAAACACAACAUACCCUUUGAUUUGCACACAGACUGCGUUCGCUCUAUUAUGAGACAACUCCAGAGACAGUUAUAUUUUUGAUUUCUAGAUGUUACUUUAAAGAAGAGGCCUUCCAAACUCUCUGAUCAAAUCAUAGUUACAGUUUCAUUAACAUUUCUGGUCCAAUACCAUUGAAAGCAUAUCAGUAUGUGUUCUGUAAAAACUUUGUAGCAACAAAACAGCAAACGACUCUUAAAUUAUAAUAGGUUGCUGGUUUACUCAGGUGAUUAUUAUUAUCAAUAGUUCUAUUUUUAAACAGAUUUCCAGAUAUUUGCCGAACAUUUUAUGGACCAAACUAAACUGAAAGUGUGUCUGCAUCUGAACAGAAAAUCAAAAGUCACAUUACAAAUCGCAAAAUGACAUGGAUUCACUGAGCAAUAUUACAUCCUUGAGUGUGACAUAAAAAAUAAAAAAAAUACACAGGGAAGAAUUUUAAUGAUAACAGGGGAAAACGACAGAGAAGAGUGUCAGUAAAAACAUAUUUCUGGAUGUUUGAGAUGUCUGUGUGUUAAUAUUUCCUGUUUUGUGUUAGUUCUGACUUCACCGCUUUGGUGACUUUUUAAAUGUAUAUUUUUAUGAAGGCAUAGGAAAUGUGUUUAUAUAUUGUUAGCUUUGUUUGCAGCACACGGUCAGGACAUAAAGCUUUGCUGGGAGAAGAAUGCUAUUGUGUAUCAUGAGAUAUAGAUUGUCUUGUGAAGUUUUGUGAUUGUUGUUGUUUUUUGACAUUGCUGCAAAAAGCUGCAGCAGAAAUUUUUAAAUUUCGUCUGAAAUGUUGUGAUAUUAUUGUACAGUUGAACCAGAGCUGUUCAGUUGACAGUUCAGUGUUUAUGUUGUUUUGUUGAAUCAUUGCUGCCAUCAGGCUGAGGGAUGAGCAGCGGGUAGAUGUUGCCUGGUAGUCGAGUGUCGUACUGAAGAUGAAGCAGGAUUGGAAGCAGCCGUUCUCUGGAUGUCCUGUUUCUGUGUGUUUAUGUAGGUGAACAGUCAGUAUAGUUAUCUGAGUAUUGAGAUAUUUUGGUGAUUUUGGCAAAGUGCUUGCUGAUUAUUACAUACAAACAUUACGAAAGAAACUUCAGUUAAGUUCCUAUUUCUGGCAUUCAGUGCUUAUAAACGUCCUUGUCAGAUCAAUCUGAAAAUACAAACCCACUGUGUUUCUUCCUCAUUUAGAGACUGAAGUUCUUCUUUCAAGCCCUGUGCUCUCUGCUGCCAAGGUGGUCAGAAAUGUGAUUGCAGCAAUAUUCAUUACAUGUUUUACAUGGUCUGCCUGCCUUGUUACUUCAUGGAAACCAGUGUAACUUCACAUGUUUCUGCAAACCACGAAUGUGCUACAUUUGCACUUUAUUAUGUAGCAGCUCUGUUGAACAUUGGCGUUUUUACGCAGUGGUUAACCUGGUUAGCUUUAUGCACAAAAAACACUUGUUUAUAGUUAGGAGAAGAUAAUGUUUGGGCUUAAAAUACCUGUUUUUUGUGGUUCUCAGCGGCUCACCUGGUAGUCAGGCCCUGUAUGUGCAAAGCUAUAUCCUGUCUGCAGGUUCAAUUAAAACCCACAGCCUUUUGCUGCAUGUCAUCCCCUUGGAAAUGUGGGUAUGAUACAUAUAAAACAUGCAAAUGGAACAAACU